AUGGCGUCGCACUUCCUGCUCAUCGGCGCGCUCAGCGCGCUCGCGUUUGCUCUCCUCAAGUACGCGCUGUCGCCUCCAGGGGCCAAAGGAUCGCUGCCGUAUCUCCCGGGCCCGAAGCUCCUGCCCCUCCUCGGCGCCGCGCUGGACGUCGACGCGGCCAGCCCGUGGCUGACGUAUAUGCAGUGGGGGGCGAAGUACGGCGACAUCAUCUACUGCCGCUUCUUCAACCGCCACGUCGUCGUCCUCAACUCCGUCAAGGUCGCGGACGACCUGAUGGAGCGCCGGUCGAGGAUAUACUCGGACAGGCCCAAGGUGUCCACCAUCGAGCUAGCCGGAUGGGACUUCGUCUUCACCGUCGAGCCCUACGGCCCCGAGUGGCGCAUGAACCGGCGCCUCUUCCAGCAGUCCUUCCGCGAGCAAAAGGUCGUCGCGUACCGCCCCGCGCAGCUCGCUGCCGCGCACCGGCUGCUCGCGAACAUGGCCGCGUAUCCGGCGGAGAAGCUGUGGGACCUCGUCACCCUGUUCACGUCCUCGGCGAUUCUGUCCAUCGUGUACGGGUACGACGUCGACGCGCUCGACGAUCCGCUUUUUCAUAUCGUCGAAAAGUUCUUCGAGACGGGGCUGCAGCUCAUGACGCCCGAGAAGGCGAUGGUCACCGAUACGUUCCCGUGGUUCAAGUAUCUGCCCACCUUCCUUCCCGGGACGUCCAUCCUCCGCGAGGCGCUCGUCGCGAGGCGGUGGGCACAGCAGUUCAUGGACUUUCCGUACGAGUGUGCGAUGGACAAGCUGAAAUCCAACCCAACGCUGUCGUGCAUGCUCUCAGAGCAGAUCAAGAGCCGCGAAGAGAGCGGGCAGGAUAUCUCCGAGUACACGCUGAAGCGGAUCACUGCUACAGCAUUCGUGGGUGGAGCCGAAACGUCCUCAAGCGUCCUCCAAUCGCUCAUCGUCGCCAUGCUCCUCAACCCGUCCGUGCAAAAACGCGCGCAGGCCGACAUCGACGCCGUGCUUGGCACCAGCUCCGGCGUGCGGCGACUGCCCACGUUCGCGGACCGCGCGGCGCUCCCGUACAUCGACGCGAUCAUCCGCGAGGCCAUGCGCUGGAACCCGGUGCUCCCUGUCGGCGUUACGCACACGGUCACGGAGGACGACGUGUACGAGGGGUGUUUCAUUCCUAAAGGCUCGCUCGUAACAGCCAACGCAUGGGCAAUGUCCCGCGACGAGCGCCAGUACCCCUCCCCGGAAUCCUUCCUCCCCGACCGCUUCCUCACGAGCACCGGCGAGCUCAACGACGACACCGUGCGAUGGGCCUUCGGCUGGGGCCGGCGCAUCUGCCCCGGCCGGCACCUCGCCAACGACUCUGUGUGGAUCGCGGCGGUGUCGAUGCUCGCUGCGUACAGUUUCGAGAAGGUGGGGGACGCAGAGCCGGAGUGGACUACGGGGAUAACGAGACAUCCAAAGCCGAUGCCAAUGCGCGUCGUUCCCCGGUUUGAAAAGGCUAAACUUGAGCAGAUGAUCAAGGACACAAACCACGAUUAG